AUGACCUCAGUGCCGGAAUUGACCGACCUAUUCGCCCGGCUCGCCUCCCACUUAAACGACACGUCGUCGCCUCAUCGCACUUCCCAAAAUUCCGAAGACGAAGCUGCUCUGGACCUAUCCAUUUCCAAUCUGACCCAAUCCCUAAACCCCGGCGAUUCUAGGGUUAGGGUUUUGGACACGGUCCUAUCUCUCAUGUGCUUCAAAGCUCCACAGGUUUUCGAUUCGGUAAUUGAGUAUUCGGUGAAGACAAUUGUCACUGUUUUGUUGUCUUCGAUUCGCUGUGAAGCCUUUCGGAGACCGAAAGAUGAAAUCUUGAUGAUUGGGAGCUCCAUUUCUCACCGAGAUUGCGGUGAUUUGAUCGAAUCGUGUGGUGAGAUUCUUGCGAAAUUGAAGGGACAUGGUGAGCUUUUGGAGUCUUUACUGUGUGCCAUUGUGAGAGUUGCAAGUUCGGUAUCUCUGUACCGACAGUUGUCAAUGCCCAUUCGUCAUGCGAGAUCGGUGGAUGCGAGAAAUAGCUUGAUUUCGAAGUUCCUAUGUCAAUUGCCUAGUUCAAUGUUGCUUGAUAACAACAAAAUAUCUCUCAGAUUGCUGGUUUGGUAUCUGGACCCACUAGCUCUGAAGCGCGAUGUGUCAAACAUCUUGCGAGAGUCCAUGAGGAGGCCAUUCCUCUGUUUGAGUAAGGAGUUUCAUGAGUGUACUGAGUGGCACUCAGUUAUCAUAUCCUUGGUACUUUCUCCCAACAUGUUUGUUGAGGCCCGAGCUUUGUUACACAGAUGGUUUAUAGUCACGGGUUUAGCUUCUGUACUUGAGCUUCUUAUUCAGUUGGUCUCAGUGACAUUAGAUGUGGUUUCAAGACCUAUGCUCUGGAACAUAUCAUCAGAAUUGGGAGGAAAGUUACCGUUUUCUAACGCUUAUUUUCCCUACAACCACCAGUUGUUAAGGAAAUUGUCUGGACCGCUCUCGUAUGAUGGUUUCCAACAACUAGUACACGAGACAAGUGAACCUGUAUCUUCUGCCAACACUCAACUAUAUCCAUCUGUAAAGUCACCUAUACUGAAGGUCGUGACUGUUGAUCACAAAUCUAUCUGGUCCCUGGCCAUUAGCUUCCCAGAUUGGUUCUAUUUUGCUUCUGCAUUGCUCUUUUCGGAGAAAGGUUCUCACAAAGUUUGUCAUAAUGUAUGCUUAUUUGCGGCAUCCAAAGUUGGAAAAACACACUGUGAAGAACUAUCUUCUGUUGCUGCAGCAAGGUACAUUGCCUGGGUUUUGAGUCCUGUUAGUAAACCUCACCCGGAUAGGCUGGCUGAUUGUUUAAUCAAACAUUCAGAGUCCCUGGCUUUUAAACAAUCACAUGUCAAACAAUCAUCUUACAAGAAGAAACUCAAGAAACUCAAACUCUGUGAAGAGGACCGUACUUCAAGAGAGUAUGAUGAUCAAAGCAUUGCAGCCUGGCUCAAGGGAUUCAAUAAAAUAUGCUCUAUGUAUUCCAGCGAAACUGUUAAUAAUUAUACAACAUCUGAAAGAAAAUCAUCUGGCGGUAUUAAUCUGCAGAAAAAUGUCUUGUUCCGGAGAAUCCCACUAGGCAUCUUGCUUUGUUGCCGCAAUCAUCUCAAUGAAGAUGGAGUAGAAUUUCUGUUGCAUUAUGCCACCACAGGUAGAAUUUUUCAGGCAAGGGAAACUGUAAAUCCCGGAUUGAAGCAGGUAAAACGGAACUCCAGAGGGAACAAGAACCCAAAUACAUGGAUUGAUCAAUGUAACGAAAAAGAGAUUGUAUCAGGUGCCUGCCUUGUUUUCAGCUUAACUGAUAUUGUUGAAAGUAUGUGUUCUUCACUGUUUGAGAGUGAGGAGGCCAGCAUAGACUUCAUUUGCCGGGUUAAAAUGCAGGUCGGCAAAUACUUGAUUAAAUGCAUCAAGAGGUUCAUUCAACUCAAAGUUGAUGAUGAAGAUGUGGUGGUGAUGGAUCUCUGCCAUAGACUGGAGCAGUGGCGGCAUCAAGGGCGUGUAGUAUUGGAACUCCAGAAAGAUAUUGAUAAUGUUAGUCGAGUCUUAAAUCAGAGAUUUGCCUUUUGUGUUUCGUGAAUGUAAAGAAAUUUUAUUGCAUUCUAAUGUAUACAUAUUAUUGCAUUACUUUCGUAAUCUGUAGUUUGGACAUAAUAAAGCCAAUUUU